AAUGAAUCAUUAUGAAUAUUAAGACUGCUUUGAUGAUUCUAGACUUUAGGACCCAUUCAAAUAAACAGCCACAUUUUUCAAUCCAAACUAAUCAACACUAAAAAAUUCUAUAACAAGUUCCAAGGGAUCAGGAAGACCACAAAUGGAUUACACAUUUAAGCCUACUUAAACCCGCCUAACUCAGCAUGAGUCUCAGUAAAGUUUGAGCAAACGAAAUAAUGUAUAAAUUACGCAGAACAAGCUAAAUGUUUAACCAUCAAAAAUCACGUACCAAACUAAUCCUAUCUAGUUCUCCUGUUAAAGUUGUAAAACGGUUUAGUUAAAAGCCCCAAUCUCCUCCUUAACUUUACGAAUCUCGUAAUAAAGUUACUUAUUAAGAAUAAAUCAAAAGAAUUAAGGAAACAGACAUACGAGAUGAAUUCAUGCAUUAAAAUUUAUAAAAAGAUGUAUAACCUCCAAAACCUAUUAAUAAAAAUGCUAUAGGCUCACGUAUGCUUAGAUCAAAAAUGGAUGGGACUAUCAAUACUGCUGAUUCUGCAGCUAGAGUCCAAUUUCACACUAAUUAAAAUGAAACAGAUAAUGUUAGACUCUCAUCUGAUUAAAUGGACUUUCCCAGUUAUAAGAGAUCUCUCCUGGAAUCAGAUCGUUUUAAUAAUAGAUAGAAUUUAAAUGACCUUCUUAAAAAAAGUAAUUCAACUGCAUUUCUUCCUUAAAUCUAACCUAAAUUGUAAUAAGCCAAAAAUAUACCUUAUGGCUAUGGACCAGUAUCACAAUAAGAUACAGCCAUAAGAACUAACUCAUCCAAAUAAACUAUACCAGCAAAUGAAAUAUUAUAUGCUCAUCCUGAGGAUUCUUUGAUGAGAAAAUCAAAAACUGCUUAAGAAACCCUACGUGAAUAGGGAAGUUAAUAAACUCAGGGCAAAAUUUAGUAUAAGUUAAAUAGUGCCGAAUCUCAAGAUGUACUGCCUUAAAUUCAUUCUCCAAAUUAAGGAACCUAGUAAGGAUUCUCUUAGAGUAAAGGCCGAUCAUUUUUGUAGAGAAAACCAUAAGCUAAGAUAAUUAGCAGAUUAUUUUCAUCAAAAUCUGAUAAUAAAAAUAAUUGAUAUUUAUAAUAGAUGUGUGGAU